GCCUUCAUCCCACUUCAAGUUCAACUUACCCCAUCAUAUGCCACCAACAUAACUCAAACGGCUUCAUUGACACAAAACACAAUACACAAUACACAAUACACUAUACAUAAUAUUGGAACUCAUCACCCAGAAACAAGAAGUUACCAUGGCAAAUGACCAGAAAACUCAGUCGCCGACUGUGACAACAGAUAAGCCUACAGUGGUCAAAGGGCCUGCUUUGGAUUCAUCAAACAAAACAGACACACCCAAAUCCCCAGUGGCGAAACCACCUACCUCAACUACUACGGAUACGUACUUGGUACCACAAUCAACUAAUGUCCAAGCCGAAAAUGAUGUUGUGAACCCACCUGAUUUCCAUGGCGAAGUGCAGACGAAUAAUGACUUACCAACGACCGAGACACUACGCAAGAUAGAGGCUUACACGGUCCUUGACAGCGAUGGAAAAUCUCAUACCUUCAAGAGCCUGUAUGCUGGGCAUAAUGUUGCACGUCGAGUGCUUGUCAUUUUCAUUCGACAUUUCUUCUGUGGUAAUUGCCAAGAAUAUUUGCGUACUCUCACUGCCUCAGUUACCCCUGAUUCUCUCCUGCAGUUGCCAGUCAGCACCUUUAUUGCUGUCGUUGGUUGUGGUGACCCCCAUUUGAUCAACUCAUACAUCCAGGAAACUGGGUGCCCAUUCCCAGUCUAUGCUGACCCCACUCGCCGUCUCUACACGGAACUGGGAAUGGUCCGCACUCUUGCAUUAGGCCCCCGGCCUGCUUAUCUUCAGGGAAAAUCGGUAGCACACACGGUCAUUUCCGGUGUUGUCCAAGGAUUGAAGCAAGUCAAAUCAGGCUUGGUGAUGAAGAUGGGUGACCAACGACAAGUAGGUGGGGAGUUCCUCUUCGAACCGGCAACUCUGACGUUAGAUACCCCCGUCACAACCCCACGUAGCGAGGAGGAGAAGAAGCUGGAGCUUCCGGCCGAGGAUGACAAGCCGGACAAUGACGACGAAGAGCCUAAAGUCGAGGAGAAGCGCGUCACCUGGUGCCAUCGCAUGAAAACGACACGAGAUCAUGCUGAGAUGCCAGAGCUAUUGGAAGUUCUUGGCCUUGAUAGCCACGGCGCUCCUGUUGUCGACAAGAAACGAUGGGAUAAGGCAUUGAGAACUAGAAAGGGUACUGGCGUCAGUAUGGCUAGUCAGAUGAGCCGGCUGAGCCUCGAGCGCAGCCAUGGGAGUCCGAAGGCACUUGGAAGUCCGAAGGCAUAGGAGCCUUGCUUCC